AUGUCUAAAAACCCGUCUGAAAUAAGUCACUCGCAUGAAGAACAACUUGUUAUGAAUCUGAAAGAUGCACUUGACCUAAAUAGUUCAUCUAAAUCCAAACCACUUGCUGAUACUCCAAAACCCGAAGUGACAAGUAAUAAAGCUGUUGAAAGUAAUCUUGAAAGCUUCGCUAAAAAACUAGGUCUCAGUUUUGCAAAAAAUAAAGAUGACUUAAGGAAAUUUUAUGAUUUCGCUGGUCCCGACUUCAUUUGGCCAUCUAUAAUGAAUGAAAAUGACUACCGUGAAAUUUUUUAUUUCAUUAUUGAUCCUGAUUGGGAAAAUGUUGGAGAGGAGCUCGCAACAAAUGCUAUCGCAUAUCAUCGUUUAAUUGAAUCUGGAAUUUUUAAAGAUAAGCCGAAAGGAACAUAUGUGUUAAUCGUUCAUGGAAAGAUUUUAAAAUAUUAUGAUGAUGAUAUAUCAUCAGAAGAUUACGAAGAGUUUGAGAAAAGAUAUCCAGGAAAGUACUUCGCACCUAUCACUAGAAAGACUGUUCUAUUGCGUAAAUUCUCUGCCAAUGACGAUAUAGUGAGAAAGGAAUGGCAG